UCCGACGCUCUCGGAGAGGCAGAGCGCAGUAGUCGGCUGCAGGUCGCUCGGAGAGAGACGCACACAGCGGCUGAGGACACAGCACUAGAACCUGUCUCUAUUCUGUCUCUACUGCUCACUGUGCGAGUCUGAUUGUCUCCUCUUCUCUGCCUGGCUUUAUCUUCAACUCUGGGAAUACAAACAUCAGCGAAGAUUCAGUUUGAAAAGGACAGACGGCCCUCUCAGCCCCCCACCCCCCACCCCACCCCACACACACACCCCAGUGAUGCUUAGCUGCUGUAUCCCAGAGGCCCACCUUGGCAGUUAGAGGAGAGGUUAUCACCAUGACAGCGUCCUCGCAGGACUCCACCCCCUCGUCUAUGGCCGGCCUCUUCCUGCUCCUCCUCCUCCUCCCAGCUGUCUUCACGCAGAACUCGGCUGCCCCGGCGACCCUGUCGUUGUUUGACCCGCUGACCCAACCGGAGUGCACGAAGAAAGAACAUCCAAAGGUUUCCAUCCAAGCGCUCAGUCCGUGGAUUUCCAUUUUCUCCCACCCCGGCGUGAGAGACUUCUCCCAGCUCACCCUUGACCUGACUAGGAAUGAGCUUAUUGUGGGUGCCAGGAACUACCUGUUCAGACUGGACCUCAGCAACAUGUCGCUGAUACAGGCGACAGAAUGGGCACCGGACGAGGAAACCAGGAGGUCCUGUCAGAGCAAAGGCAAAACAGAGAUUGAAUGUCAGAACUACAUCAGAGUCUUGUUGGUGAACAAGACGGAGGUCAUGACCUGUGGAACCAAUGCUUUCCAGCCGCUGUGUAUUACCAGAGAGGUGGGCAACAUGAGCAGCGUGCUGGAGCGGGUCAAUGGUGUGGCACGCUGCCCGUACGACCCUCGUCACAACUCCACAGCGGUGGUGACAGAGAGCGGAGAGCUGUACGCAGCCACCGUCAUCGAUUUCUCCGGCCGUGACCCCGUCAUAUACCGCAGCCUGGGCGGCAUGCCGCCUCUCCGGACCGCACAGUACAACUCCAAAUGGCUCAACGAGCCCCACUUCAUCUCAGCCUACGACAUCGGCCUCUUCACCUUCUUCUUCCUGAGGGAGAACGCAGUGGAGCACGACUGCGGGAAGACCGUCUACUCCCGCGUGGCACGAGUCUGCAAGAACGACAUUGGUGGGCGGUUUCUGCUGGAAGACACCUGGACCACGUUCAUGAAGGCGAGGCUCAACUGCUCGCGCUCCGGGGAGAUCCCCUUCUACUACAACGAGCUGCAGAGCACCUUCUACCUGCCGGAGCAAGACCUCAUCUACGGCAUCUUCACCACCAAUGUCAACAGUAUUGCAGCAUCGGCGGUGUGUGCCUUCAACCUGAGCGCCAUCACUCAGGCCUUCAACGGGCCCUUCCGCUCCCAGGAGAACCCUCGCUCCACAUGGCUCCCCACCACCAACCCUAUCCACAACUUCCAGUGUGGUACCAUCGAUGACGAGGGUCCUAACGAGGGUCUGACGGAGCGCAGCCUGCAGGACGCCCAGCGGCUCUACCUGAUGAACGACGUGGUCCAGCCGGAGUCUGUCGAUCCGCUGGUCAUGCAGGACGACGUUCGCUUCUCCAACCUGGUGGUGGACAUCGUUCAGGGCAUGGACACCCUCUACCACGUCAUGUACAUCAGCACAGAAUACGGCACCAUCUUGAAGGCGCUGGCGACGCCCAAUAAGAACCUACAGGGAUGUUAUCUGGAGGAGAUGGAGCUUCUUCCGUCGGGGGUGCGAGAGCCGAUCCUGAGCCUGCAGAUCCUGCACAGCGACAGGUCGCUCUUCGUCGGGCUCAACAACAGAGUCCUGAAGAUCCCGCUGGAGAGAUGCUCCACCUACAAGACUGAGAUGCUGUGCUUGGAGGCGAGGGACCCGUACUGCGGCUGGGACUUCAGGCAGCGCAGAUGCACCACGCUGGAGGACAGCUCCAACAUGAGCCAGUGGAAGCAGAACAUCACCGUCUGUCCGCUGAGGAACCAAACCACCAACGGGGGCUUCGGGCCCUGGGCGCCAUGGCAACCCUGUAACAAUGAUGACGGGGUGGAUGGUGUGAGCUCCUGCUUGUGCCGCUCCAGGUCAUGUGACAGCCCCGCCCCUCGCUGCGGAGGCAGAAACUGCGACGGCCCCACCAUCGAAGUGUCCAACUGCUCCAGAAACGGAGGCUGGACGCCCUGGUCGUCAUGGGGACAGUGCAGCACUACCUGUGGUACGGGCUUCGAGCUGCGGCAGCGUUCAUGUAACAACCCGUCACCCCGACAUGGCGGCCGUGUGUGUGUGGGGCCGAGCAGGGACGAGAGGUUCUGUAAUGAAGGCGUGUCCUGUCCUCAGCCGAUCUUCUGGUCCCCGUGGGGCUCCUGGACCAAGUGCAGCACUGAGUGCGGGGGCGGCGUCCACUCCAGGGUCCGCACCUGUGAGAAUGGCAACAGCUGCCCAGGAUGUGCACUGGAGUACAAGGCCUGUAACCUGGAGGCGUGUCCCGAGGUGAAGAGGAACACACCUUGGACCCCCUGGAUGCCCGUCAAUGUGACUCAGGGCGGAGCUCGUCAGGAGCAGAGGAUGCGCUACAUGUGCCGCGCCCACCUGUCUGAUCCCCACGAGCUGCAGAUCGGACGCAGGAAGGUGGAGACGCGCUUCUGUCCCAACGAUGGAACAGCAGCCUGCGAGACAGACACCCUCGUCGAGGAGCUUCUGAAGACGCCGGUGGUGAGGGUGGCGGGCGCCGGCUGGUCGUCAUGGGAGACCUGGUCGAGCUGCUCGCAGAGUUGUGCCAAAGGCUACCGCACCCGACGGCGAACCUGCGCCGGACCAGAGGGGAAGAGCGCGCCUGUCGCAUGCCGUGGGUCACCUGUGGAGUACCAGGACUGUAACGUCCAGGCGUGUCCAGUAAAGGGUGCGUGGUCCUGCUGGUCGUCCUGGUCUCAGUGCUCAGUGGGUUGCGGCGGCGGUCACUACCAACGCACACGCUCCUGUAACAGCCCUGCACCCACCAGUGGAGGUGACAUCUGCAUCGGCCUGCACACUGAGGAGGCCCUGUGCAACACACACACCUGCGACGAUGGUUGUGCGGUGAGAAGGGAGCAGAUGGUGGAGACAGAGCAGCCUGUCGCUGAGCGCCAGACUGAUAGGAAAGGUGGCUGGAUGGCCUGGUCGCUGUGGUCGGCCUGUGAUGAUUCAGGAUUGCAGAUGAGGAGUCGGGUGUGUGGCGCUCAGGGCAACACCCCCUGUGUCGGGAACAGCACUCAGCGCAGAGACUGCAAUGAAAUACCUGUCAUCCUCCCUGCAUCUGGUUUUGAUAAGGAUCAACACUGCGGAGCGUUCACCUCCAUCCACCUGAUCGCCACCGGUGUUUCCUGUUUCCUGGGGGCGGGGCUGCUGUCCUUCCUCAUCUACGUCUACUGUCAGCGUUUCCACAAGCCCUCACAGGAGUCAGCCGUCAUCCACCCCACCACCCCGAACCACCUCAACUACAAGGGCAACACCACACCAAAGAACGAGAAGUACACACCCAUGGAGUUUAAGACACUGAACAAGAACAACCUGCUGCCAGAUGAAAGAUCCAACUUCUACCCAACGCCGCUGCAGCAGACAAACGUCUACACCACCACCUACUAUCCCACAGCGCUCGGCAAAUACGACUACCAGCCCAACUCCUCCCCUUCGCCAUGCAGGACCUACAACCAAAACAACAACAGCUGAGACAAGCCUCACGACCGGCUCUCUGAACCCCCCUGCCAACGGACGCCGCCCCGCUGCCAUGGUGACAUAACUGAACCGACAUGAACUGAAACGUUUCUCAGAGCUCGGCCAGGUUCCUGUGUUCAUCAUCGCCCCUCUCCUCGCCCCCGUAGUCUCUUCCACAUGGUAGGGUUUGUGUCUUUAAGGGCGUUUCUGGAACUUUCCAUCAGGAGCUGUGGGUCUGGACGACGAGGCCUGUGUCCUGGUGCAGUCUGGGACUUAUGCAACCAGCUGGGGGUGUUAUUGUAAGGGCCUGAUGGGAUACAGCAGAGUAAACUCUGAGCUUCAUGCCGGAGUCUAGUGGAAAAUUCUAGCAGGACAAGUUAUGGCUUCAGACAGAUUGCUGCGACCACACCACCUCAGCGCAGGUGCUGAGUUCACAGUCCUCAUUUACAGAGACGAACAUGAACAGAAUCUUAAUGAAACAAAAAAACAUUUCUCUGGAUGUGGGUCACUGUUUCACGCCUCUCCAUUACUAACCACACUCUCAGCCUGUAAUGAACUUUGAGUCCCUCGACAACAGAAGCAGUUACCGAGAACAAACGGCGCAUAUCCUCGUGUCCUUGCCGCACGGCGCAGAGCGAGAGAACAACACAAGAGAACAUUCAAUGAAGUCGAUGAUGAAAUAAAUUAGAGAUCAAUAUCAGCCGGGCUGUUGGGGGCGGACGCUCGCCCUCCAGUGUUGGUGUUUCACGUGACAGAAAAGAUAAGAACUUCAGAGUCACUCAAGUUUUUCGGACGGCUGUUUGGAAGACAAACGGCGUUUGUGGACAAGGACGUUGAGUCGUGAAGGGCAGAGCAGGGGGGAUUAUGGGAAGCGGUCUGAACUGUACAUAAAGCUUUGGGAAUGCCUUGGUUGCCUGUAUGCAAUAGAGGGCAGGGGCGAGAUCUGUUUUCUUUCUAUUUCUUCUGUUUAAUUUGUUUUCCCAGGAUCAAUAAAGAACUUCUGAAAGGGAAUUGAUUGAUUCUCCAAUCGAUUCUCCGAUGGACGCGUCGAUUCUACUGAGUGCUAAAUAGCUCGGUGGUCAUAUCAAAUAUGGCCAGUGUGCUGAACAACUGGAUUGGGUUUUCUAUGACGGUAGAAUAAGCUAGUAGACUGGCACUUGUUCCAUUUUUAUGUUUGUUUUUUAAGAUAUUUUGUUUCCAACACGUUGUAGCAUAGGAGGAAAUAUUUUGUUAAAUAAGAUAUAGCUGAUUAAUUCUUGUUUUCUCUAAUUUCACGUCACUGAACCAACACAUUCCUUCGCUUUGAUUUUUCACACGUUUGGUACCCGCUGCAUCUUCAGUAGAGACGCUAACACAAAGAAGAGCGUCUGUAACGAGACAUUCGGCCUCUGCUUGAGAAGAAAACAGCUAAAUUACGCUCGCUUAGCAGUUUGCCUGUGUGACAUCAACAUGAGUGCAUGUGUGUGUGGAUGUGUGUACAUGCAAACACAUGUACUCUAUCUCUGCGUGUGCGUGUGCCUGAUGGAGCAAAGGGGCUUGCUGUAUUUUGUACAAUGUAAAUGCUUUCAUACAUGAUUAUAUACGAGGAUGUUUGUUUUCUCCUCCACAUCCUGUCGUCGCUGACACUCCGGCAUUCUACUGUUUUUCUAUCUUUCAUGUUUAAGAUGUUAAUCAUUGUAAGUUAAAGCAUCGCGCCUCUGGUUCCUGUGGAGGUGGAACUGACACUAUUUAUAGUCAAAGCUUGGUUUAUAAAGGGCAUUUUCACAGCUAUAUUUUAUUAUUAUUAUUGCCUGAUUGAUGAAUGCUAACCCAGCAAUGCUUUUCAGUUCAGCUACUGUACAUGCACGAGAUGAGAGCUCUAUCUGUAUAUAGGAGCAGCCCAUCUAAUGACCCUGCAGAGGAUGGUGUAAAUGUAUCUGUAUAUUGUAUAGCUAACACUGUUUGUUUAAAAAAAGCCUUAUAGUUGUUUAAAAAAAGUGCAGCAGCUAAGUACACACCAACCAUGAGGUUUGUUUGGGGACAGAGCUCCACGAUGUGACCGAGCGCCCGCGGCUUCUGACCUCUCCCAGCUGCUCAAAUAUCAGACUCCCACAGACACAUGAAUCCAGACUGAUGAUUACUCUGUAGCACCAGACACUGUCAAAUAUUAGAGACUGAAAACAGUCACAUUUAAAGCAGAAAUUACAUUAAUGUGAUCUAAACGUCGCCUCUAUUGGCCCCGUCUGACAGCCGUGAUCUGAUUGGUCAGUUGUGAGCUCUGUCCCCUGCGAUGUGAGGCUCUGUGCCCUUCUAUGCAACUUACCAGGUGUACUGUUAGACCUGUCAUGUAGACUGUAAUCACUGCCUUUUAGACACUGUGAAUUUUUUGGUACCCUAUAUUUUUGUAUAUUGUACAUUAUAAAGGAUAAUAAACCUUGAUGCCAACACA